AUGACCUUCUCACUUCCUCGAUCCUUCGCUUCUUUCUCAUCUUUCAUUGCUUUGCUUCUAGCGUUCCUCUCUCUUCUUAACCCUUGCACUUGUUUCAAACCCAGAAACUUGAACUUAUCCUCCUACAUCGCCACUUCAGGUUGGUCCCCGGCUGGAGCCACCUGGUAUGGAAGUCCUAAUGGUGCUGGAAGCGAUGGUGGUGCAUGCGGGUAUGGAGAUGCAGUGGAGAAGCCUCCAUUCUCAUCCAUGAUAGCUGCUGGAAAUCCUUCUAUGUUCAUGUCAGGCAAUGGAUGUGGUGCUUGCUAUCAGGUGAAGUGCACCGGAAACGCUGCGUGCUCGGGGAACCCGGUAACGGUCGUGAUCACGGACGAGUGCCCCGGCGGUAGGUGUGUUGCGGAGCCCGUCCACUUCGACAUGAGUGGUACCGCGUUCGGGGCCAUGGCAUUAUCUGGCCAAGCCGAUCAGCUUCGCAAUGCCGGAGUGCUCCAAGUACUUUACACCAGAGUGGGCUGCAACUAUCCCGGUGUUAAUAUCGCCUUCCAGGUGGACGCAGGCUCGAACCCCAACUCCUUUGCUGUUCAUAUCUUGUACGAAGAUGGGGAUGGAGAUCUCGCAGGCGUCGAUCUCAAGCAAGGAUCGCCGGGAUCUAACGCAUGGCUUCCCAUGCAACAUUCAUGGGGUGCAGUUUGGAGGUUGGACUCAGGCUCAACGCUGCAGCCACCCUUCUCCUUACAGUUGACAACCGCCGAGUCCCGCAAGACGCUUGUAGCUAAUAAUGUGAUUCCAGUGGGAUGGCAGCCGGGUGCAACCUAUAGGUCCGUGGUCAACUUCAAUCCCUAG